CGCCGGUGCGGCCAUGGCGGAGGGUCCCGGUGCCCAGCCGGGCUUCGGCCGCCCCGUCCCGCCGCCGCAGACCGGCUGGGAGCGGCUCCGCGAGCUCUGGCAGCGGGACGAGCUGCAGCGGUUCCCUGAGGAGACGGUGAACCUCUUCAAGGCGGCGUUCACGGCGGGCCUGGCCGGCUGGCUGUACGGCGGGCUGCCCGCCUUCGUCAGCGCCCGCAAGGCCUUCAUCGAGCGCAGCCACGGGGAGCUGUUCCAGAACCGCGCCGAUGCCGUGCAAUCUGCACAUCGUGCUGGCCUCCGCAGUUUCAUCCGCUACGGCUGGCGCUGGAGCUGGAGAGUCGCGGCUUUCGCGACAAUAUUCAAGUAAGUGUUUCUCGACAGCAGCUGGAGGAGAGCUGGCUUUGUGCUCCUGCAUCAGGAGGCAGCACUCACAGCUCUGGUGACUGGUUGAGGCUCCAAGUGUUUCGCUAACAUGAUUGAUCAGGCGUGAACGUGAAGAGGGUUUAACCUUUUAGAAUGAUCCCAGAAUUCAGAUCUUCUCACGAACCAACCCAAACCCUAAAAGCCCUGUUCUUGCAUCUAAUCCAUGAUGUUGGUGGCUGGAAUACUGUUCCUCCCUUCCUUGACAGCUUCUUUCUGCUUUUGUUUCACCUCUCUUUGUGUGUUUUUCUCUGGGAGAGUGUGAUAGCGUGUUGGCAGUUUCUGGAAGAGCUUUCUAUCCCACAUUAAUUUUUCUCCUUGUUGCUAUGCCUCGUUACUUCUAGUUUGUAUACACCAAUGUUACUCACAAUCUCUGUCAUCACUCCUAAUUUGUGUGCACUAAUGUUACUCACAAUUCUUUGUUUUUGUCCUCAAACUCUUUGCAGAUGGUUGUCAUGUUCUUAAGCAGUCGCUGAACAUCAGACCUUCCAGUUCUAUGUACCUUUUCAGGCCUUCACAUUUUCCCUGCACACACAAAACCCGUGCAGAGAGAGUGUUCCGCUCCCCCGAGUUUCUCCCUUGGAUGUUUCAGUGCAUUUCUGACAACAGAGCAUCAAAUUAAGAAUGCUCUUCCAAGUAGAGCCCUUUUAAAACUAGGAAUAUCUCUUUCCCUGACGUUCAAAGGGGUUUAGUUAGCCUACAGUUUGCCUUCUCUCCAGGAGCUUUUGAUUUCUGUGGGUUUUCCUGUGGAUUUCUUUGGAUUUGACACGUAACCUCCACCAGGUGUCUCCCCUGCAGUCAGAUCAGCCCCCUUUUCACCACCACCCCUUUGGAAAAGGCUCUGAAAGGAGCUGCUCGACAUUAAAUGUUUCUGUAGAGCCCCAGUUGAAGGUUUUGCCCUGCAGCUGUGCAAAUUUCAAGUUUCACAGUUAACACCCAAGAAAAUCGGGCAAGGUCUUACUGACACACGGGUCAGCUUCUGGGGGUAAAGGUCCUACAGCAGGACUGGCUGACUGACAGGGCUUUGUCAUUGCUCAGUUUCUUUUAUCCUUGACUAUAUUCUGUUUUCCAGUGAGGCACUGGAACAGUGAGGCCGUGGAUGUCCCAUCCCUGGAGGUGUUCAGGGCAAGGCUGGAUGGAGCUCUGAGCAACCUGGGUCCAGUGGAAGGUGUCCCUGCCCACGGCGGGGGGAUGGAACUAAAUGAUCCCUAAGGUCCCUUCCAACCCAAACCAUUCCAUGGUUCUGUACAAUGGAAAAAAAAAAAAAUCUUUGAUUA